AGUAAGCAGCAGUCAGUCAGAGUUUGAUCAGCGAUGGGCGGCGGAGGACAGCAGACAGACCGGAUCGCCGAUACCAAUGGGAGGUUCGGCACGUACACCUGGGAGGAGGUGCAGAAACACACUAAGUCUGGAGAUCAGUGGAUCGUGGUGGAAAGGAAGGUUUAUAAUGUGAGCCAGUGGGUGAAGAGACACCCCGGAGGACUGAGGAUCAUCGGACACUAUGCUGGAGAAGAUGCCACGGACGCAUUUAAUGCGUUUCAUCCAAACCUUCAGCUCGUGAGGAAAUACAUGAAGCCGCUGUUAAUUGGGGAGCUUGAGGCGUCUGAGCCCAGUCAAGACCGGCAGAAAAACGGGGCACUUGUGGAGGAUUUCCGAGCCCUUCGUGAGCGUCUGGAGGCUGAGGGGUGUUUCAAAACCCAGCCCCUGUUUUUCAUCCUGCAUCUGGGUCACAUCCUGCUCCUGGAGGCUAUCGCCCUGAUGAUGGUGUGGUACUUUGGAACUGGCUGGAUCAACACUGCCAUCGUGGCUGUUAUACUGGCUACCGCACAGUCGCAGGCUGGAUGGUUGCAGCAUGACUUCGGUCAUCUGUCCGUGUUUAAAAACUCACGAUGGGAUCACUUAUUGCACAAAUUUGUCAUCGGAUACCUGAAGGGAGCAUCUGCGUGCUGGUGGAACCAUCGCCACUUCCAGCAUCACGCUAAACCCAACAUUUUAAAAAAGGACCCAGACGUCAACUUGCUCAAUGCGUUUGUAGUGGGAAAAGUGCAGCCUGUGGAGUACGGCAUUAAAAAGAUCAAGAAUCUGCCUUACAACCAUCAGCACAAGUACUUCUUCUUCAUUGGACCUCCGCUGCUCAUUCCGGUGUAUUUCCAGUUCCAGAUCUUUCACAAUAUGAUCGCACAUGGUCUUUGGGUGGACCUUGUGUGGUGUAUAAGUUACUACGUUCGCUACUUCCUGUGUUACACGCAGUUCUACGGUGUGCUUUGGGCGGUGCUUCUGUUUAAUAUCGUGAGGUUCAUGGAGAGUCACUGGUUUGUGUGGGUGACCCAGAUGAGCCACAUCCCCAUGGACAUCGACUACGAGAAACACCAAGACUGGCUUAGCAUGCAGCUGGUUGCAACCUGUAACAUCGAGCAAUCCUACUUCAACGACUGGUUCAGCGGACACCUCAACUUUCAGAUCGAGCACCAUCUCUUUCCCAUGAUGCCUCGGCACAAUUACUGGCGCGCCGCUCCACGCGUGCGAGCAUUGUGUGACAAAUACGGAGUCAAGUACCAAGAGAAGAGCUUGUAUGAGGCCUUUGCGGACAUCGUCAGGUAUGAUGCACACCUGAAAUCUCUUGCUCCGAAAUAUUCCUAUGUAACAACACUGACAAACAAUUUCAUCAUCUGUUGUGGUUGGGGUCAAUUUGGCCCAGACUCGGUUUUCAGACAGCUUGAAAUACAGGUUAACCUGUUUACUUUUUCGUAAAAUUUGGUGAAUACU